AUGGGCAUCUCCAUCCCCACCGACGCCGCCCCAGCGUACGAAGACCUCUUUAGGCCUGGAAACGCUUCCUCUGGCUACGCCUCAAUCCCCCAGAACGACAACGACGGUGAAAAUAAUAACGGAAUCGACAUUGAGCAACACCCCGACCAUGUCCACCUUCACCAACACCACCCCGAAGAACGAGUAGGCGAAGGAGGACACACCCACUGCACGGCCUGUGACGGCAUGCUCGAACGCAAAGAGCGUCGACGCACUCAGCGCCAUUGCUGCACCAUGGUCGCCGCCACGUUCAUGGUUGCAUUUGUGUGCGCGUUGAUUAUGUUGUUGUCGAUUUUCGAACGUUUUAAUGGCCACUACUGA